UUUUCCUUUCUCUUCCGUUCUUCCAAUGGGGAAGCAAAACAGAUCCAAAAGAUCAGAUAACAAUUAUGCCAAGGGGAAGGUCACUCCAAUUCAAGUCGCUUUCAUCGUUGACCGCUAUCUCUCCGAUAACAACUUCUCCGAAACUCGCUCCAUCUUCCGAAAUGAAGCCUCGGCUCUCAUCUCUAAAUCCCCACUCCGAGAGGCUCCGAAGAGUUUGUUGAGUUUAAUGGCGAUGUUAAACGAGUAUAUAAGUUUAAAGGAGGAGAAGGUGAUGUUGGAUCAAGAGAGGACUCGUUUGGACCAAGAAAAACUGAGGGUACAGACCUUGCUACAUGGUAUGCAAGAUGUCAUGAACACUUACAAUGCCGGUUCGAUUACGUCAACGAAUCAGCCAACAAAAUCGACGGUUGUGGUUCAUCAAUCUGUUCCAUCUGGUGCAUCCCCUUCAGGUUGUCUUGUGCAAAAUACACCGAUUGUUGUGCCAGCGUCCAUCCCUCCCAACACUAGUAUUUCACCAGCAGUUACAAAUUUCCCUAUAACAAGAAAGAGAGCAGGCUCAAAAGUUGUACAAGAACCCCCUCAGCUUGCAAAGAAAUCUCGCAAUAAGUUGCCAACUAAGAAAUUGCCAGACAAAGUUGUAGACACAGCUACACAAUCACAGAAUGAAGUCACUAGUCAAGAUUAUGCUCAGCAUUCUGCGGUUGAGUUAUCACCAUACAACCGCGCACCCAAUGGAUCCAGUGUUGCUAAGAGCUUGUUUAACCAGCCUUCACUGACUACUCCAACAAAUUCAUCUGGUCCUAAGACCCCACCACAACCAGUGUCCUCGCAAGGUGAUAAAUCUCCGCUGGGGAAUUCAUUCACUGCUAAUGGAAGUACUAACAAUACUCCUCAAGAGAUCACUCCUGCUAACUGCACCGUGAUUUCAACUGAGAGAGUUACUGUAAGCCCAUACAAACAAAUGGCAUUCUACACAGUGGAAAGAAACCAUUGCAUUUCUUCUUCCUCACCAGUUAAAACAAACUUGAAGAGGCUGAAUAAGAGGGAUCAUGUAAAAGGAAGGCUAGAUUUCGAUGGUUCGGAUGUUGCAGUGAACAUGGAUAAACCAAUUACUAAUGAAAUUUCGACUUCUGAAUCUGAAAAGGAAGCUGGCAUUUUUGACAUGGAUUUGCCUAAUUUAGAUGCCUUUGGACCAAAUUUUUCUUUCUCCGAGCUGCUAGUUGAUUUUGAUCUCGACUGCGAAGGAAUUGGUUAUCCUUGCCAGCCAACAGUGGAUACUUGUGCUUCUGUGGACAAUAUUUCAGGGUCAUCUCAUGAAUCUGGGGAUGCCAAUUUGGGGGCUGAUCAAGUUGUGUCAGAAUAUUCAUCCACACUGACAGAAGUUCUUUCAGGAAAAGAUAUGAAUGUUGAAGGCUCUGAUACCCUAACUGCAGUAAAAUCAAUAACAAAAUGCAUAAGGAUUUUAAGUCCUGGUAAUUUAUUGCUCCUUACUUUUAAGUUUUGCUUUCCUCUCUUUUCUAUACUGGGGAUAAACUUGUAUUUUCAUUGUUCUGUAUACCAAAAUUUAGUUCGGAGUUCUAAAAUUGAUGUUUUUCUUAUGAAAUGCAGCAAAAGGUCGCAGGAGUUCUUUGGCUUAGAAACAUUGUUCAGCAAGAAACUAAUUCUUUUUGAAGAUUAAGAUGACUUAAUGCUGACACGGUACCAGUACAGUACUUACAGCAAAGACGCUUGACUGUGAUCUUAAUUCUUAAGCAUCCGCCUAUUUACUAUUUCUUAGUUACAUGUUACUUAACAUCUCUU